AUAAUUUUCGACCGCAUGUGGUCAAAAAUUGAAUCACAUUUGUAUAUACACAUUUCGAACAGAUCUAUUCACGCACACUCGACCACAUCUGACCACAUUUGUAUUUUUUCUUUCUCUCUCUUUCCUCUCUCCCUCUUCUCUCUCUACCCACACACACCACCUCUCCCUCUCCUCUCUCUACCCACCCCACCAGCCCAGACCCUCAACCCACCGCCUUCCGACCACCGCCAGUCCACCAUCGGCGGCGCAGCCCUUGCAUUUUCAGCUGGUCCUGAUAAAGUUGCAGCUGCAGGGUACUUGGUGGUUGUUCCUGAUUUUUUCUAUGGUGAACCUCUAGAUCGCGAGAAACAUAACAUACAGACUUGGCUGAAAGAUCAUGGCACGGACAAAGGAUGUGAAGAUGGUAAAGCAGUGGUUGAACAUUUGAAGAGUAAAGGUGUUUCUGCCAUAGGGGCAGCAGGCUUUUACUGGGGAGGACUGGUAGUCUCUAAAUUGGCAAAAUAUGAGAGUACUAUUGGGGCUGCAGUUAUCUUACAUCCUGGUCCUAUUACAGUUGAUGAGAUAAACGGGGUAAAAGUUCCAAUUGCAAUACUAGCAGCAGAAAACGACCAUAUUUUCUCGCCUGACCAAGCGAAGCUACUAGACAAAGCUUUAUCUGCAAAAUCUGAGAUUGAAAGCUUUGUGAAGAUAUUCCCAAGGGUUGAACAUGGAUGGACAGUUCGAUACAACAUUGAGGAUGAAUCGGCUGUAAAAUCUGCAGAAGAGGCUCACUCAGAUAUGUUAAACUGGUUUACUAAGUUCAUCAAGUGAAAAUGUUAGUACUAAAUUGGAACGUCAUUUUUCAGAAAGGAGAUUGUCAUAAUUCCUCAAGGGAAGUUAAGAUUAUGUCACAAUAAGUACGCUGCAUUUGGUGAUAUGCAAUAUUAACCCGACCUUCAAAAGGUAGACGACGUUGGUCACAAGCUGACAUAAAUCAUGCUCUUAUCGAUGAUUCUAGUGGGGAGGAUACGAAUCAUGUCUCUAACACCGAACAUUGACCUUUUUGAUUAAUGUGGUUUUGGAUUCUAAUUCUGCUAUUUUUAAAUGGAUAUGUAUAUUAUGUUUAAGGGUUUGAAUGUAGUUUUAAUUUGAACUAGAAGUACUUUUAAUUUUAAGAUGUUUAAGUGUUUGAACGUA